AUGGCUAUCAGAUCAGCUGGAAAGUUGGCAGCAGGCAGUCGGGGAGGCGCCACGGUCUGGUGCACCCCAUCCAAGGCGAGGCCGACGAGGCGAGCUGCAGGCAGACCAGAAUGUCCCAAAGUGGAAGUGGGAGGUGGAGGGGGCGGGCGAGGAGAGCGCAAGCAAGGCCCCCGGCGCAAGUAA